GGCUGCGGCUGUCGGAGGAGCGGAGCGCUGGCCGGAGGCUCGGGCUGGGUCGGGUCGCAGGUGCCGCAGCAGCUCUGGCCAUGAAGACCCUGUGGAUGGUGCUGUGCGCGCUGGCACGGUUGUGGCCCGGGGCCCUGGCUGGCUGCGCAGAGGCCGGGCGCUGCUGCCCUGGCCGGGACCCAGCCUGCUUCGCCCGCGGCUGGAGACUGGACAGGGUCUACGGAACGUGCUUCUGCGAUCAAGCCUGCCUUCUCACCGGGGACUGCUGCUUCGACUACGCCAGGGCGUGUCCAGCUCGCCCUUGCUUCGUGGGAGAAUGGAGUCCCUGGAGCGGCUGUGCGGGCCAGUGCCAGCCCACCACGCGUGUGCGCAGGCGUUCAGUGCAGCAGGAGCCGCUGAACGGAGGGGCACCCUGCCCACCCCUGGAAGAGAGAGCCGGCUGCCUGGAGUACUCCUCAUCGCAGGGCCAGGACUGCGGGCACUCCUUUGUCCCUGCAUUUAUAACUAGUUCUGCAUUCAACAAGAAGAGAACAAUACAAGCCGCAUCUCCACAGUGGUCUACACACACCGAGGAUGCUGGAUACUGUAUGGAGUUCAGGACAGAGUCCCUGACUCCUCAUUGUGCCCUGGACAACCGUCCCCUCACUCGAUGGAUGCAGUAUCUCCGAGAGGGAUACACAGUGUGUGUGGACUGUCAGCCUCCGGCCAUGAACUCUGUGAGCCUGCGUUGUUCCGGAGAUGGCCUGGAUUCUGAUGGAAAUCAGACUCUUCGCUGGCAAGCCAUUGGCAAUCCUCGAUGUCAAGGGACCUGGAAGAAAGUGCGGCGGGUCGACCAGUGUUCCUGUCCAGAAGUGCACCGCUUCAUUUUUAUAUAGAGCAUCUUGGAGUCACUUGGCAGAGUGCUUGCCAGUGGGUUGGGUAUUAUUAAACUGAGUUCAACACUUCAGAAGCCUCCAAAAGCUACGUCAAGUCCCCGGGCACUCUCCAUUGUUUUUGAGAAAGAAAACUUAGGGAUAGUUCUCAAGGAUCACAAUCUCUUUGUUUUUAUUUUUACUGAGUUAAGGACCCACACUCAAAGCUCCUAUGGCUAUGACCUUGACCUUACCUCUGGCCACAGAGUACAUGUCUGUUUGUACUAGAAUCACUACCAUGGGCUCAAGUUUGGGGUAAGUUUUUGUCUAAGGGCAUCUAUGUAUUCUUUGUCUUUAUUGGUUUUUUGUUUUGUUGUUUUAAAUUAAAGACAAGGUCUCACUAUGUAGACCAGGCUGGCCUCUAAUUCAUAGAUACUCAACUGCCUCUGCCUCAUGACUAAAGGAGUGUGCCACGAUGUUCGGCUAUUCUUUGUCUCUAUUCUUUUUUUGGAGGGUGCGGGGGUAUGCAGGGUUUCUGUAUAGCCCUUGCUGUCCUGGAACUCACUCUGUAGAGCAAGGUGGCAUCGAAUUCAGAGAUCCACCUGUGUCUGCCUUCCCAAUGUUAGGAUAAAAGACACGUGCUACCUAUUCUUAAAAGUUUCUCACUUAAGCCGGGCGGUGGUGGCGCACGCCUUUAAUCCCAGCACUCGGGAGGCAGAGGCAGGUGGAUCUCUGUGAGUUCGAGGCCAGCCUGGUCUCCAAAGCGAGUACCAGGAAAGGCGCAAAGCUACACAGAGAAACCCUGUCUUGAAAAAAACAAAACAAAAAAAAAGUUUCUCACUUAAAAAAAAAUACACAUACGUGACUCUCACACGUAAAGCUCCUAUAUAUUACUUUAUAAGUUAUAAACUAAUUUCAAGUAAAUUGUCACAAAUAAUUUUUCAUAGGGAAAGUUAUUAAAAUUUCAUUUGGUGUUUUGUGAUGAAAAGCCAACACCCAUGCUAAAAACAUUUUUAAAGAAGAAAUUUUCUUUGGUUAGUUGAAAAGAUUAAAUAUCCAUGCUAGAUCCAUAGGAAUUACUUAAAGUGUUACAAUUUUCUUGAGAUUUGGCACCAAUGAGUGAGCCAAAUGCUUUAAUUCUAAGCACUCUAUCAUCAUUCAUAGUUAAGAUUGUUUCCAACGUUUGGUGCCUGACACAGGAUCAAACAAUCUUGUAAUGUCCGACUUCACAUUUAGUUGAAGUGCACUUACACAUUUUCUUUCUACAGCACAUGUUUAGGGUGAGACGCAGAGGUACAUCUGAUAGGAGGCAUGGAUCUUCCUGCAAAUGUCAUAAUCUCAUACAUAGGCAAUAAAAUAUUAGCUUUACCUUAUGGUUGGAAGAUAGGUGUUUGUAGCCACAUGGCAUGGUGUGCUUUCAGGUCUAGGAAAGCAAGCUGUCCUGUAGUCAUCUGUGGAGCCUCGUCCAGGUUCUUCAUCCUGGACUCUACUUCAGUAAAGGUCAUCCUGAGUAUGCCCAAGACUCCAGUAUAGGACCUCAGCCUGGUUUCGUUUUGAAGUGGGUUUUCAACUGAGGAUUAUUUUCUUUGAAGAAUUGAAUCAAUAUUUAAAAGCUAUAAUUCCUUUGGUCUGGAUUGAAUUGCAUAAUUAUUCACUAACAUGGUUAACUAAAAUAUAUAUAUUUUUGGUACUGGACAUGUAACAACAGAAGGCCAAAAACAAGCUAAAAGGGUGGCAAAUGUCUCCAAUGGUAUUUGUGAUUAUAUUUUCAUUUAACUGCUAAGGUUGUUUUCAUGGAAAAUUAAUAAAAAAACAACUUCAAUUUUG